CAGGAAGCCCGCAUCCAGGAGGAUGACAUCACUCGGGAGUGCCUCCGCAGCCUGGGGGGGUUCUUGUUCGGCCUGUUCUUCACUAGCGUCUACGGUUUCUUUGUUCUCUUUGUCCAGGAGUACAACCUGUGGUACUGCCUUGUCACUACAAUCUCCCUCAGCGUUUUGUUAGGGCUGGGCAUGGGGCUGUCGGCUAAAAUCCGGAUCAACGUCUUCCUCAUGGUACCCCACAUGUUCUCCAAACAGGGGCGUACGUUCCUGCUGGCCGUGAUAUUUGGCCUGGUGUUGGAAGGACCCCUGAACAACAUCAUCACCAACUUCUCUCGCGGCUCGGAUACCAUCGCCUGCGGGGCAGAGCUGGCCAUGAACCAGACCCGGGAGCUCCUGCAGAAGGCGAAGGAACCAUUGGUCGCUGCUCUGGACAAGAUCAAGAGCAUUGCCAGGACUGCCAAGGGCGUUGGAGACCGAGUGCGGAAAUUUUUCAGGACAUUGAAGAACUCAAUCAGGCACAUAGUGCGGAUCCUGCGGAACGUCACCCGCUGGCUGGCCCAGAUCGGGCAGAUCUGCAACAUGGAGAUGGGCCAGCCGUACCAGAAGUGCAUCAAGUUCUGCGAUGAUGCCCUCACGCAGUGCUUCUCCCUGCUCGGCAUACUCGGCUUCCUGUGCCACAUCAUCUAUCACGUGAAGCUGCUGUGCGGAGCAGUCACAGUUAUCCAGUACUUCUGUGUAAUCCCAGAAAUUGUCCAGACGCAGCUGAAAAAGUAUAUUGCAGAAC